AUGGAUCCGCAUGGGAAACUGUUAGGUAACAUCACUGUCGUCACCCAGGCGCCUCUUGUUUGCCCUAACGGCACACUAGAUGUUAUUACUCGCAACAAUGGCAGUGACCUGCUCAUGUACUCUCGCUUUGCCCCGCCAAUUAACGAGAUGGUGGAGAAGGUGAGCUAUCCCAUCUGGUGCUCCCUCGGACUGCCUGGAAGCAUACUCAGCAUUUACAUCUGGUCUAGGCGGAACAUGCGCAAACAGGGCAGCGUCGCGGCAGCCGUAUACCAGGCUGCGUUGGGAUGGGUUGAUCUCUUCUUCUUCCUUGUACAGAUGAUGUGGUACCUCCACACUGCCUGGCGCUUACGAACGCUCGAUCACAUUGUUAUUUGCGAGGGUUUCGCUAUAGCCAAUUAUCUUAUUCAGUACGCCAGUCCUAUGCUCACUCUCGUGUUUACGGUGGAAAGGUACAUUGCGAUCUGUUUUCCUUUUCGUGCGGGAGCUAGAAAUUUCGGUAACAACUGCAAAAGUGCUUCCCACGUUGUCUUAGCAACGAUUUUUUUUUGUGCCCUCCUGGCCAGUGUGCAAGGCGUAUUUUACACAGUCUCUAACGGAAACUGUGGCCUGCGGCCAGAUUUCGAACAGGAAGGGGAGCCGGAGUGGCUCUUCUACACUGGAUGGAUUAUGUUCACUGAGCUUCUGAUGUUUGGUCUUGUACCAAUUAUCUGCCUCAUUCUUAACAUUCUCGUCAUUCGAGCUUUGCACAGACUUUCGCAUGAGGAGUCAAGCGCUUCUAAGCGAGAUCGUGGACUGCCGCGUUUGCCGAAGAACAACAGCUGUGCUCGCUUCUCCACCACCAGUUCCGUGUUUCUUCCCCAACUCGAGGCCUCAUUUAAUGAACGACAAAGUAAACAAUCAAGCACUCUCACUCUACUCUGCGUCUCCUUCUACCUUAUCUUUGCUCACCUUUCUGUUGCUGUGAUGGUUGUUCUCUACAUAAUCCUUCCCAUGGGAGACAUAUGCAUGACGGAUGAGGAGAUAUCCAAGGAUCCCGUGUGGCGGCGGCACUUUCGAUUUUUUACCGUUCGUUCACUCAUCGAGUCUUUCGGGAUAUCCCACUAUGCAGCUAAGUUCUACAUCUACCUGGCCACCAGCGCCGCCUUUAGGGAACAGUGCGCAAAUGUAUUCUGUUGCGGUAAACGACGCAAUGUCACUGUGGAACCCUCAUCCUAUCAAGCGCAGACACCAGCCAGCCUCACUAAUGGGGAAUCGGCAUUUAUGGGUGCAAUGGCACACUCCACAGCAUCUUCCAACCCUCGUCUGGGGCCUUCGACUCCCUCCAUUCUCAUGCCAUCCAGACGAAUCAGUGCCUCUAGUCUUGGAUCGCGUGUUUUUGGUGGUGUAGGCGUGGGGGACAGGAGGACCCCGCGGGUUCGACCUGCGAGCGGACUCUCGCGAACUGUGCUCAACGAUAUUGAUCCCAUGCCCGCAUUAACCGACAUCACUUUCGUCGCUCUUUGCUCUCUGCACUAUCCCUUCCUUUCCCCUAUGAGUAGAAGCAACUCCAUACGCCCUAAUGUACAAAGAUUACUCUAUUCUGACAAUAUGCCGAUACACAUGCUUUCCUUUGUUUGCGAAGUUGAAAGCGAAAGGGGUAAUUAA